AUGCCUCACGGAUGUAAAAAUGUCCGUCAAUUUCAAGAAUUGAACGAAUCAAUUUUAAAUCAUUUAUUUCUUCCGCUUUAUCUACCGUCUUCUGCCGAAGCUGACUUUUGCAUUCGGUACAAUCAUCGUAAUGAAUAUAUGAUAUUGGAAUGUGUCGACGAAUUCUUGAAUUCGAUGGAUACGACUAUGAUGUUACCAAUCAUUCAAGUUUUGAUCGAUUGUACGCAAAAUUGGUCUAUGCUACAGAAAAUGCAUCAGCUCUCAGGAUUUAAUCUACAAUUGGCCAUUGAAAAGCUAACAUGUGGUAGCUUUCUACCUUUGUAUUUUCAUGCGCAAAAUGCUGCCAUUUUAAUUGAAAUCGAUGAAAAUAACAGCAAUCAAGCAUUAAUUUCGUCUUGGCAAGUUCUAUUGCCAACUGAUGCAGUCACAUCAUCUGUUCAAUCUCAUUUAUCCCGGUUUCCGACGACAAUUUAUAGAUUAUUUGAUCGUUCAUAUCUCAGCACGACGGUACAUUGUGAAUUAUUAAUAGAUUUUAUGAAGAAUCCAAUUGAAUAUUCAAAAGCUCACAAAGCUUCUCGUGAAAUUAAUGAAACAAAGGAUGUACCCAUGUCUCAUUAUGUAUGUCAAUGGUGGAUUCAGCGAUUGCCAGGCAUUAAAGUAGAACAUAAUUCGAAUACCUUGGUUCAAUUCAGCAAAAAGCAUCGCGAUCAAGUCAGAUGGAACACCGGACCGAAACCUUUUCGACGUUCGGGUUUGUGGAUGACUAUCAAAGUAGUAUUUCAAACUAUUCUAACGAAACGCUUUGGACAUAUUGGUGUUGCCAUUUAUAAAUUGUUGAUAACUCAUUUUUUAACACACAUUAUUUCUACGAGGCAUAGUUCGGUGGAUUCUGUUGUAUCCGUUGAUCUAUUAGUUCAUUGUAUACGAAAAAUUCUACGUCGAUUGAAUAAAAUAGAAAGUUUACUGUCAUCAAUAGAUUCUAAUGAUGUAAACAAAUGGAUUCAAUUGACGAUAUAUGAAAUACAGAAGAAAAUUGAUGAAAUUUUUCCAAAGAUGGAUUGGCAAUCAUCGAUUCGGAUCAGUGAAAAACAACUGCUGAUCGAUUCGAACUUGAAUGACACAGAACUCUAUAGACAUUCCUGUGAAACAUUGAAAAAAUAUUUAAAUAGUACCAAUGCUAAAACUUCAAAUGCAACAUUGUCUAAUUUCCGCAACUAUGAUGAUACAACGAAUGUUGAAGAAGACUCUUUCAUGCCUUCUUUCAGCGUUUUAACGAAUCAAUUCCAGUUUACUAUCGGAACAGCUUUGACCCGUAUGGAAAUUUGGGCUACAUCGUGGUCAGAACGAUGGAUCGAUCGUCCACCAUCAAGCGGAAGAGAGACGGAACAUUUUCAAAUGUUAGCACAAUUUUUCGAUCAUUACCAAAGUCAAGCGUUAAAACACUACUGUUCGAAAAACGAUCAAACCGAUCCCAUUGGUUACAGUCAAUUUAUUCUUACGUCGUUAACAAUUAUUUGUGCCAUGCAUCACAAGUUAUGUCAAGAUCAACGAUUUGAACGAUUGAAAUUUCAUUGCAUCGAUAUUCCUAAUAUGAUCGUUCUUUUCGAAUAUUUAGUUUUACUAAAUCGUGAAGAUAUGAUUCGAGCUCGCAGCCUCUACGAUUAUUUCCAGAAAUUUACACAUCAAUCAAAUCCGGAUAUUUUAACCGAUAUAGAAGCAGAAAAUAGUUUUGGCGUUUAUUUUGCUUCUCAUUCGACAAAGAUGACAAAUAUUCUCCGAAAAAUCCAAACGCAAUCCGAACAAGACAAAAAAGAUAAAAUCCAAGAAGUGCAGAAGGCCAAAGACAAAUACACUCGACUUAUGAAUUCAAUAAACGGUUGUCCUUGUACGUGUUACGGUGAACUUUAUAGUAAUCAGUGUCGUCGAUGUAGAAUUGAACAACAAGCAGACAGUAUUGGAGUGAGCAUUUACGAAUGUCCAAUACCGUCAAAACGAGCAAGUGCUUUGGCUGUUAUGUUCGAAUUACGGAUGCCAAUUGAAGUGAGAUGUUAUCGAGAUGUCGUUUGGCAGUUUGCCAAUCGUUUUCAGCUGCAACCAGUCAAUCGAAUGUAUGAAUGGUUGAAAGUUCGUCCUCAUUCAAACAAAUUAGAAUCAUAUUUUACCGGCCCAAAUAACUCUAAAGUCAAGUUGGUUUCUUCUACAAAUUCCAUCACACAAAGUCAUGGUGCUGAUCCAUCGAUUGCAUUGGCAGCUAUCGAUGAUUUUCUAUAUGAAAAUAGUCUUCAAGUUGAAUUGUCACCUACUCAUGCGCUUACAUUUCAAGACGAACGUCGAUUGUUAACACCGCAACUCAAUCAUCCUGAUUACAAACAUUUACAAUUUUCUAUAGAAUCGACACAAUUCGUACAAAAUCGAGUUAUUGCCGAGCUUUCACAAACGGAACAAAAAUUAAAACCCAACCAACUAAUCGAAUUCGGUUCAUUUCGUUCAGGCCAUCGGUUACAAUGGUGGAAUUUGUUGACUAUUUUAGAACUGGAUUCUUUGUCACUGGGUGAAGAAAGUGUAGCUAUAUUAAUUAUUCAUUCUAUAUUACAAUAUGGUCCCGUAACAGAAAAUCCUGAUGAACUUGUUUCUAAAUGGUGUCCGGAAUCGCACCGGCAACUAUUGGAUGAUCAUUUCGUUGACGAAUUGAUCCUGCGAUUGAAUCGUCAUUUGGAUGAGUGUACAUCACUUUGGCAGAACGAACUAGUACUAGUAGUGAUAACAAUAAUUACCAUGAGAAUUUUAACAGUGUGCAAUUCAACCCGAGAAGAGAAAGUCGCUGAUUUAGCGCUCAAAUGUCGUCGCAUCGGUGAAAAGUGGAUCGAUUUGAUUUCGACAAGUAUUCAAACAAUUUCAUCAUCACGUUUUGAUGAAAUAGAAAAUCUUCGUCGUGCUAUGGUGACUGUAAAUAUUGCGUGUCUAUUAACGUUUUCAACUCAUACUUGUGUACUGUCAUCGAAUCAACACAUCAUCUCAUUGUUGAAAGCAGCAACUAAUAUGAACGAAAAUCUCAUAUUGAGCAAGAAUCACAUGCAUAUGAGUAAUUUUCUAAAGUAUCUAAUCCGAUUCAUUGAACGUCUAUUAGUACCAAUACAGCCAACAGUAGCCGAAAUCUUGAAGAAGUCGUCUUAUCAAAGUUUAAAUGAUUUUUCUGUCACUCACUGGGCCGUGAUCAGAACCGAAUUUAGUUUCGACGGUGAAUGGAAGAAACGAAACACCGAUAUUUAUGAUGGUUGGUACGAUGGUCAAUAUGAAUCAACAUGUUUAUCUAUUAAUUGUUUGAAAGGAAUAUUUCUAGUCAACGGUAUGAGUAUUAGUUAUUUACCGGAAAAAAUUAUCUCCAAUGAAUUAUAUAUUCGCGUUUUUGAACAUUAUAUCUUUCCAAUACAAAUCGCUGCCGCGCCCAAUACAUAUAUUAGCAGAUAUUCGAAUUUUGGUGAUGAACCAGUUCAAUACGAAUUUUAUUUUGAUGAUCAAUUAAAUCGUCUCAUUGUUUGCGAACGGCACAUAAAAACCAAUGAAAUAUUCGAAUUAAUACCUCCGACAUGUUUUGACAAGGAACUACCAGCGAAAUUUAUUUCCGAAUAUAGUCAUUGGAAAAAUAUUAAAAAUCCCAUAGUCGAAUUUCGACCGAUCCAUUUUCAAGAUCCGGAUUUUCUAAAUUACAAGCCAUACGUAUUAAAUAUAGAAACAGGUUAUGUUACAACGACCGAGACUCUGAAGUUACAAAUUUUAAUCAAUCGCUCGUCAUCGUUGUUUCAAAAUUUGUAUCGACGAUAUUUCCAUCGGCUCGACGAACAACCGUAUUUAUACAUGAUGAACGAUGAUGCUUCGAAUAUUAUUGAAAGAAAGAAAUCCGAAACUGAUGUUGUUAUUCACAUUCAUCUGUCACGUUUAGCUAUUGCUUUCAAAUACAAUAUGAGCAGCAAUUGUUUUGUUUCGCGUGAAUAUUCUGAUAUGUGUAUCGAUGAAGAUCAAUGGAUAGGAACACUGACAGGUUUGAACUCCGGUUUACUCCUGUCGCCAAUAAAAGCCAACACUCAUAGCGAUGAAAACUUUAAAUUUCGAAAAUUAAUUGUCCCUUUCGGACAUGUCUCUGCGAGACAAAAAUCCUCCGGUGAACAUCAAACCGUAACUAUUCAACGAAGUUCAUCGAUGUCCUAUGCUCAUCAAUAUUUCGUCUUCAGUUUAAAUGAUCGAUUACGCAUUAUUCAAUCAACCGAUUGUCCGAGUGGAUGGUUGUAUCUAGCAUUACUACAUGCGUUGACAUCUCAUCAUCUACCCGAUCAAUAUACAGAAAUGACUGGAAUGGAGCGUGCUUUUCAAUUACUUAAUUCGGCUGGUUGUUGGACUGAUCAACCAUUCGAUUCACUUUCUUUGAACAUUCUUCGUCAAAUCGCCUUUAUUUCGCCAAAAGCAAAUUACCAUCGGCAUUCUUCUCUUAGUUGUAUGCAAAAGAUUGAUUGGAAUUGUCACAGUAUACCGUAUUCAUUACAACAUUGUGGCUAUUAUUUAAUAGCAAAAAAAAUGAUUCAUACAAGUGAAAAAUUCAAUUUCAUGCAUCCAUCAUUGUAUCCUGACGAAACUACAAAAUUAGGUGAAGAGCAUGAAUAUGAUGAAAGAUUAUUAGCAAAACUAUAUUGGGACUAUCGAAAUUCCUACAAUCCAACCGCGCGACUAUCGGCAGAGAUCGAAGCAGAAAUGCUGAAUACAAGAAAUGAAGAGCGAUAUCAGCCAAUGGCAGGAUAUAAUUCGUCGUCUAUUGUCAACCACGAACAAAUUCAACUUGUCAAUGAUAUGUAUUCUCGUGGUGAUGUGUAUCUGAAGGAAAUAUCAAAAAUGUCAUGUUUUCCUUUGAGUCAAUGGCUCACAGAUGAAUAUGCAUUAGCCAAUGUUUGGGUUGGUUUAUUAAAAUUAGCUGACGCUAUUAAAACAACAGAGACUGGUAACAUCAACGACGAUAUCCAACGAUUCGAAUUGUUGUUAGACUUUCUUCUGUACAUAUCUAGUAAACGAGGGAUUCGACCGUUUUAUUUACAAAUGUUAAACACUGUUUUGCAUGUGCCUACUAUAUCAAUGGAAUCGGUCGUAUUCCCCCCGUUUACUCAAUAUAACAACAUACAACAUAUUACGGUAACAAUGAGUGAUAUUGUUUUCAACAUAGGUCACAGUGCGAGUGAACGUAAGACGAUUAUAGACGAAGUUAAACAUUGUUUUGAAAUCGGCCAUGUCUACAAAGAUCAGUAUCAUCUGACUACUUCGGAAGAGAAAAAUAAAAUAAAAUUCCUAUUAAAAUCUUGGCACUUAAAUAGUAAACUUCGUUCAUUUCUAAUCAACGUUCAAAAUCUUAUUUGUUCUUCUCAUCUAAUUUCAUUGAAGACUUUAGUAGCAGUUUAUCCUCAACAGUUUUUACUAAAAUCAAUCGAAGAUCAUUUUCAAAUAGAAAUUAAAUCAACUAACAAACAAAUCGAUCAAAAACUACUUUUGAAUGCACAACGAAAAUAUCUUUAUCCGAAUUCAGACUUUGUUCUUAAAUCAAUCAUAUCUCGUGAAACUAUUAAUCAGCAUAAAAAGUUCCCGGCCGAUAUUUUCUCUGCCAUCGAUGAUCAGCAAAAUGACCUCAGUGAAAUUGGCAAUUAUUUUAAGAAUCAUUUCACAGAGAGUUGGAAACAACUACAAGCCGCUGCGACCGAACAAAAAGAAUAUCCUUCGAGGGAGAAAUUAAUUGAAAUUCUUCAAUCUUUUUAUCAAGAAUCUGCACAAUUCUGGAAAGAACUCAUCGAGUCCAUUACUCAUUCUCAUGAGCAAUUCUUUCGAAUCGGUUUGGUACCAAGAACUAACCCGACCAUUCUUAUAUCUAUUUUUCAACAGAUUUGGUUAAAAGAAGAAUAUCUCAAUAAAUUUACUGAAACGCUUCUUCUGACAAAAGAUCAACGUACACUACUCGGCGGUCUGAUGGUCAACUGGACUGUAGAACAACAAAUCGAAAGAGCUUUAGAUUUUGUCAGUCACAAUAAACAAGAAGAAUUCGAAAAAGAACUCUCGAACACACCGCAUGUCAAUUGGACGCCAUCGAAACAUCUUCCAUGGUUGAUUUUCGAAUUAGAAAUGAACAUCACUAUUCGCGAAAUCCAAGUAGAUGUCGCUCGUCAUAUGACGCAAUCGAAAUUAUCACCGGACGAUCCAACGAUAAGAAACAUUGUUAUGCAAAUGAAUAUGGGCGAAGGAAAAACUUCUAUUAUUAUACCUAUGUUAGCAUUAAGUUUAUGUUCGCCUUUAUCAAGUUUAGUUCGUAUAGUGAUUUUGAAAUCAUUAUUCCCUAUGAAUUAUCAAUCGUUACGAUUGAAAUUAGGAGCUUUAUUAAAUCGACGCAUUUUUUCAUUUUCUUGUCGUCGUGAUAUGAAUUUUAAUGAUCAACAAAUCAAUCAGAUUUUCGAACGUUUUGAACACGGACUACAUAAUUGUGAUGUGAUAUUGGUUACACCUGAAGAUAUUCUUUCUUUCGAUUUACUUACUAUUGAUGCAUGUCGACGGCACGAAUUUGAUACAGGUCGUUCGAUGUUAAGUGUACAAAGAUGGUUGAAAAAAUAUAUUCGAGAUGUUUUAGAUGAAUCUGAUGAAAUUUUACAUUGCAAAUAUCAAUUAAUUUAUACAGUUGGUCAUCAACAACAAGUUGACGGUGGUGUAGAACGUUGGGAACUCAUUCAAUGGAUAUUGAGCUCAGUUAAAAAAUUUGCUGUAAAUAUUUCACAAAGUGAUCAAAAUGACCUUUACUAUAAAUCACCGGAGCGUAAAAGUGGUUUUCCUGAAUUUCGAUUAUUAUCAUAUGGACCGUUUCCCAAAUUGUGUGCGAAGAUUGCGAAUGAUUGGCUCAAUCAAAGAUCAUAUCGAAAAACGGAUCAACAGUGUAUUUUAUCGUUCAUUUUAGACACGAACAUCUCAAUAGAUAUUCUCGGUGAUCGUUUCUCAUCCGGUGACCUUCAAAUGUUUCUUAUCAUUCGUGGUUUACUAUCAUCGGAAGUGCUAUAUUUUGCUUUUAAGAAGCGCUAUCGCGUUAAUUAUGGUGUUAAUAUCACUUCGAAUUUUAAACGAUUAAUGGCUGUACCAUUUCGGGCUAAAGACGUUCCGGCAGAGAGAACCGAGUUCGGUCAUCCAGACAUUGCGCUUGUCCUCACACAACUUUCGUACUAUUACAGCGGUUUAAAUGAUGCGCAAAUGCUUCAGUGCUUCGAUCGUUUAAAUCGAGAAGAACAAGAUCCGGAAUUGAUUUAUGCAGAAUGGAUUUCACACGAAGAUGAUAAUGAUACACCUCAGAGCAUCAAACAGCAAUGGAAAAAGAUCAGUCUAAAAGAUUGCCAACAAGAAAUCCGUCAACUUUUUUUUACUUUACGCUUUAAUAUGUCAAUCAUUAAUUAUUUCUUGAACCAUUUCGUCUUUCCUCGAGAAGCGAAACAAUUUCCAUAUAAAUUAGUCGCUUCUGCUUGGAAUUUUUCUUCAGCAGAACGAACAAAUAUUAUUACUGGUUUCAGUGGUACGAAUGAUACGCAAUUACUAUUGCCGGUUGAUAUUCAUCAAUGUGAUUUGCCACAGUUGCAAAAAACUGAUGCUGUUGUGAUUAAUAAUUUGUUACAGCCGGAAAAUGAAAACUAUCGAUAUUUACCAGUGUAUGCGAACUUGGAAACAAUCUUAUAUGAAAUUACGAAUUACAAACCGAUGAUUAAUGUUAUUCUUGAUGUAGGCGCUCUUUUGGUUGAAGGUACAAAUCGUGAAAUAGCUAUGAAAUGGUUGAAACUAUCGGAUAAAAACAAAAUUGAUUAUGCUGUUUAUUUCGAAUUCGACUGUGUCGUUGUUUGUGAUCGACAAUUUCAACAUCAUUCAUUUCUUACAUCGCCUGCUAGCGAACAAUUAGAUCGUUGCGUAAUUUAUCUAGACGAAGUACAUACGCGAGGAACUGAUUUUAAGUUCCCGAAUGGAUUCACAGCUGCAGUUACCUUAGGAAGUGGUGUUACCAAAGAUCGUUUUGUGCAAGCGUGCAUGCGAAUGCGUAGAUUAGGAAAUGGCCAUUCAUUAACAUUUUGGAGUUCAGAUGAAGUACAUCGACACAUUGUUUUGUUGAAAAGAAAUUUACUGGAGCAAAAUCCGCACAAUCUAAAUGAUUCAUUUGAACUCAAGGACAUUCUACGUUGGGUAUAUGAGAACACACAACAAGCCACUUGGGACGGAUUGCAUCAUUGGGCUGUACAAAGUCUUAGCUAUCAACGACGAAUCAGUGCCUUUCAAAAUAUUCAAUGGAUGAAUCAUCUGCAAAUCUAUACAAAUGAAAUGAUGGAAGAACUAGCAGAGAAAUGCUUGGAACCGGAAAUCGUGGAAUUAAAAUCUAUGUAUGGUCAAUCGAAAGUACGAAGAACAAUAUCAGAGAUUUAUACGAUUGGCUAUCAACAUGCCAAUAUUUUUGGGUCAGAAGAAAUUCACAAUGUUGUACAAAAACGAAUGCUUAUCUAUGGUGGACUGAAGCAACGUCUAUCGCAAUUUUUAGAUGAAGAACAACAACGAGAAUUAGAACAAGAGUUAGAACAAGAAUAUGAAAAGGAAGAAGAACAAAAAUCUAUUCGAUCUGUUCGUUCAUGUUUGCCUAUCCUACACGAUGAAAUAAAAAGAUUGUGCGAUCUCGAUGAGCCGAUGUUAAACUUGGCCGAAUUACCCUUAGUAUUUCGUCCCUUGGCCUAUGCGUUUAUUGAUUCCACAUUCUUUGAAAUGUGUCAAUCUGACAGUUGGCAACCAAAUUUUUGGAUUUCGGCAGAGUUUCAACGAGUGAUUGAAACCGAUGGAGACGUAUUGGAUCCAUUUUUACGUUCUCCACGUUGGCUGAUGCUUUAUCGAAGUCAACAUGUUAUUUUUGUCAAUGCUUUCGAAGCAAACUGGUUGAUGGGACAAUUGCAGUAUCUUUAUCGUCAGAAAACAUCUAACGAAGCAGCCAGCACAUCGUUACGUUUAUUACUUCCUCGUCUAAAACGAAAUCAAUCGAUCUUUGUCAAUACGCCUACUUUGACAAUCCCUCCUUUCGUCGAAUCUAAUCAUGAUGCUAUUCCUUUGGACUGGCUUGUUGAAUUAUUUAUUUUUAAUGGUACAGCUUAUUUCGAAACUGUUGACGAGCAAACAGCCUACUGUCAAUGUUUAGCAUUGUGUCCUAAACUUCGAACACCAACAGAAGAAAAUGCGUUUGAAAACGAUUGGAUUUCAGUCGACGGAUUUGUCAAAGACCCAGAACACCGUCGUCAAUUACAGAUUGAUCGAGCUCGAUUUAAUUCGAAUCCCUUGGCAUUCAUUAAACGACUGUUCAACCACCGAAACAAUACAAGUGUAUAUCGUAUGUCGCACAUUGGAAGUAUUAUAUUCAAUUCUUCGAAACUUCUUUUACCUGAACAAGAUCAGAUAUAG